AUUUACACAAAACGAUCCAUCUCUCUCGUCUCGGCGAUGAUGUCAGCCAUGGAAGUAAUGUUUCACUCUUCGAGCUUUCUCCUCCCAUCGAUUCCCGCCGACGAAGCGACGAGAUACGCUAUCGUCGUUCUGAACCAGAAGCUACCACGAUUCACUCCUCUUCUCUGGGAACAUGCAAAACUGCGUCUCUGUGCUGAUGGAGGAGCUAAUCGCAUAUACGAUGAGUUACCUCUCUUCUUCCCUCAGGAAGACGCUCUCCUCAUCCGUAACAGGUAUAAACCAGAUGUCAUCAAGGGAGAUAUGGAUUCUAUUCGCCCUGAUGUCCUCCACUUUUAUCAAAGCUUGGGAACCAAAGUGAUAGAUAAAUCUCAUGAUCAAGAUACAACAGAUCUUGAUAAAUGCAUCUUGUAUAUUCGUCACUCUACUUUGAAUCAAGAGAGCUGCAGACUCCAGAUUCUUGCUACAGGGGCACUCGGGGGAAGAUUUGAUCAUGAAGCCGGUAAUCUUAACGUCUUGUAUCGAUACCCAGACACAAGGAUAACUCUCUUGUCUGAUGAUUGCCUCAUCCAACUCCUUCCAAAGACUCAUCGACAUGAGAUUCAAAUUCAGCCUUCUCUACAAGGACCUCACUGUGGACUCAUCCCUAUCGGUGCUCCAUCUGCCAAAACCACAACCACAGGGCUUCAGUGGGAUCUCACCAACACUGAAAUGAGGUUUGGUGGGUUGGUAAGUACAUCGAAUAUGGUUAAAGGGGAGAAAAUCACAGUUGAAUCGGAUUCAGAUCUUUUGUGGACGAUAUCCAUCAAGAAACAAGACUCCACAAGACCGUAGGCGUGGGUGGGGUAACAACAACAAGGACAAGACUCCACAAGGACACUUUGUUAUUUUUCUACGAUAUUUUGGAUGCAUCGCAGUACUUCAAAUAUUUAGUUUUCACUAUAGCAUUAAGUAGGAAUAAGACUUCGGCUGUACCACUACUCUCGUUAUAUGAAUACUUAGAUGCCAUUUUCCGUAUUCUUUUUACGAGAUCAUUUCAUUUGUUUUGUCAUUUAACGUGUGAGUGGGGGGACAUCUUGGUUGAUUUGUCCUAGUCUGAACUCACCAAUGUGACUGCGGAUGUUUGGAAUAUAUAAAGA